AUGGCCGCCAGCGUUGACGUUGAUGUGUUGCCCAUGACGGUGGGUAAGCUGCCCGGGCCGAGCAUAUUAAAGACAUCGGCCAGGCACAGCAGCAACAGCAAUCAGCAGCAAGUUCAAACUGAGAACGGGCGUAACAAAUCCAUACCGACGGCGAAUCCCAGCCGGCAGCCGCUCAUUGAAGCGGACAAUGAUGUCAAAAAAACAUCAGCGACAGCAACAGUUGCAGCUACCACGAAAGUCUUGUCCACAGGCACCAUGAGCAGCGGGCGUGAGUGCAGCACCAUGUCUACUUUUACUGCUUUUGGAUCGGAAACUGUGCCGGACGACCCAGCCAAGCCGAAGACAACAGCUGAUGUUGUUGCCAGCACACAGGCCACAGCAGCAACCACUAGCAAUAUUUCUGCGUUGCCAGCUGGGACGAAGCCAAAUACAGCUCUGACUACUUUUAUGCCGGCCACAAAGUCAAUAACAACGGCUGUUGCUAACGGCGUUCCCAGCAAAGCUGCAGCUGCAAUAGAUGCAAAUGUGAGUGUUGUCAGCACAACAGCAACUGUUGCUGCGUUUCAAAAUUCCCAAAUAAUAGACACAAAGAGCGUGACAACAAAGCUUAAACCGAGCGUGACUGCUGCAAACAAAACGCUGAAGACGGCACCAACAGUUGCUGCGGUGACAGCAUCCACAUCAGUCAUAGCCACCGAUAAGUCAACAAAGAUUAUUACAACAAUAGCGAAGCCAACUUCAAGUAUUGCUACCAAACCUGCAACAACUGUUGCUUCGAUGACAGCAAUAGCUGUCGGUAUUACUGCCAAGCCUCAAGGAAUGACAUCAGCAACUGUCUUAAAGCAAGGAGCAACCACUUUAACUGUUGCAAGUAAUAUGCCGAAGACAACAGCUGCAACAACAGUAAUGACAGCAGCACCUACUUCUAGUAAGGUGACUGCAACAUCCCCAACGCCAGUAACAGCUGCAAGUAAUUUGCUAAAGAAACCAGCUGCAACAAAAGCAUUGACAUCUUCAACAGUUGGUAGUAACGUGACCAAAACAUCAACAACUGUUGCAAGUAACGAGCUAAAGACUAUAGCCGUUACAUCGGCAACUGUUUCAAGUAACGUGACCAAAACAUCAGCAACGGCAUCAACUGUUGCAAUAUCGACAUCAACUCUGAAGUCCACAGCAACAUCUCCUACUAAAAAGACAACAACGUUCCCAACAUCAGCAACAUCAAAGCCCACGGCAAUGUCGCCCACUAAAAAGGUCACCCCAUUCUCAGCAACAAUAACAUCGCCCACAAAAAAGUCCACAGCAUUUGCAGCAACACCAACAGCUGGUAAGACCCAAACAAGCAAACCAGCAACAGCAUCCAUCAGCAGCAGCAGCAUGUCCCCAAAGCAGAACAAACCGACGGCAACAAGCUCAGCAAAGACAACAUCAAGUACUACAUCAACAGUGAGCAAAACGAAAGCAACUGCAACACCUAAGAAAUAG